AUGCGACGUUCAGAAGAAUUCCAAAAAGAAUUAACAGCACGCCAAAAGACAUUUAAGCGACUUUCUCGUCUGAUGGAUACGGAAGACGAUGAUCGUGUCUUGAUCGGAACCCGUAUUUCCGAAGGGCAUCAAAACUAUGUACUCAUGUAUAACAUGUUGACUGGUAUUCGUAUUGCAGUCAGUCGUGUGACAGCCAAGAUGGAUCGUCCCCUUACGGAUGAAGAUUAUGUGGCUGCUCACAAAUUGGCUUUUGAUGUGAUUGGUGAUGAAUUGACACCCGGUGCUAAAUAUGAUUUCAAAUUUAAAGAUUAUGCUCCUUGGGUAUUUCGUAGCCUAAGAGAGAAGUUUGGCGUGGAUCCAGCCGAUUAUUUGAUUUCUUUGACAAGUAAAUACAUUUUGUCUGAAUUAGGUUCACCUGGUAAAAGUGGCAGUUUCUUUUACUAUUCAAAAGACUAUCGUUUUAUUAUCAAAACAAUUCAUUACACAGAACAUAAAUUUAUGAGAAGAAUCCUUAAAGAAUAUCAUCAGCAUAUCAGUGAGAAUCCAAGUACACUUUUAUGUCGCUAUUAUGGUCUACACCGUAUUAAAUUACCUCAUGGACGUAAAAUCCAUUUUGUCGUCAUGAGCAAUGUUUUUCCUCCUAACAAGGAUAUUCACGAAACCUAUGAUUUAAAGGGUUCUACUUUUGGUCGAUUUUUACCAGAACAAGAUAUUCGCAAGAACCCAUAUGCAGUUAUGAAAGAUCAAAACUGGGUUAAACGAGAACGUAAACUCAAGUUAGGACCUCAAAAACGACGUAUGUUUGUAGGACAGCUUGUGCGUGAUGUGACUCUUUUAGCCCAACUGAAUAUCAUGGACUAUAGUUUACUGAUUGGUGUCCAUGAUAUGCUGCGCGGAAAUAAAGACAAUGUACGUGACACAACACUCCAGUCAUUCCAACCCAAUACAAGGUCUGUUCAAAGACGAAUUACAAUGAUGAAAAAACGUACAAGUAAAGCACAGGUGGUGCGUGAAGCCAUUGCAGAAGCCAAUCCCAAUAAACUGGACGUAUCUAAAUUACCACAAGAUGCUCAAGAACGUCGUAACUGUGUAUUUUAUGCUGAAGAAGGUGGUCUUCAAGCAACAGACGAACUAGAUCGUCCUUUACCUGUCCUUUAUUCGCUUGGUAUCAUUGAUAUCUUGACACCUUAUGAUAUCAAAAAGAAAUCUGAACAUGUUUAUAAAUCAUUCACUCAAGACAAACAUGCUAUUUCUGCAGUUAAACCAUCAGAAUAUGGUCAGCGAUUCUUAGAAUUCAUGGCCAGUGCUGUAUUAGAAUACAAUCAAGAUAUUCCUCAUGAAUAUAAACUCAAAAGUAGAGUUAAACACUUCUUUAGACAUUAA